AUGUAUCCACAUACAGAGUAUUAUCUCUAUAUAGUAGCGAAGACCUCACGAUCUGAGAACGACGCGCCCGUUUGGUUCGAGGAGUUCGCUGAAGGAUAUCAUAUGUGGAUUUGUAAUGAGGAAAAAUUCCCUACUAUCGUCAAUGCCAUCCUAGUGACUGGUGCUUCUCUCACGGCCAGUCUGCUGGUAGUGCAAGUUGCCGUGAUACCACUCCUCUUCAAAUAUAGUAAGGCGGUGCAGAGGAAAAUGGUGUUCUCCAACUGCAUAAAUUAUCCAAGAAACUUGGACUACGAUAAUCCAUCGAGUUGCAACGUUAUUGGUGGUAGAAGUUUCAAGAUCGAAUUCGACUCAAAAGUAGACAAUUGUCCGAUUAAAAUAGGUGUUUGGCAUAUUGUACCUUGCUGCAUGUUCCGUGACGUGUUUGUUAUGAGGGAUUACAGCAGAUUCGAUGAGAAACUUCACGAAGAACUGACCAGGACACAGAACACUGUCGUAUUAUAUUGCCAUGAACGAGGAGUGGUGGAAGAUGCAUUCCAGGUGUACAACUGGCUGCUCGAAUCACUGAACAAAAAUCACAAACCGACUAUAUUGCUUUGGGGACAUUCACUCGGAACGGCUGUAAUCGCGAAUUUGUCGGCUAAUUUCAAAGAGUUGUGCGAUGAAGCGGGCAAGAAUCUACCACCACCAGACGCCAUCGUAUUGGAGGCACCGUUCAACAACUUAACUGAAGAGAUACUCGUAUCCUGGUUGCCGUACUAUAAGGAUACAUUUGUGAAGCCGUUCGCCGCUUCCUCAGAGUACUCCUUCAACACAGACCAGUAUCUGGUCAAAGUGCCCCAACUGCCAGUACUGAUGUUGCACUCCAAAGGGGACAAGAUUGUGCCUUACGAUUUAGCUGUGAAGCUAUACCAGACGGUGUCAGCCAGUCGCUCCGAAGUACCAAAUGCUGCAGUCCUUAAGUUCCACAGCAUAGAGAAAGACAUGGGCAUAGGACAUAAUAAUUUGUGCGAAUGCCCCCAAAUAAGGACCGUUGUCAGAUCAAGGAAGCGUGAAAUGCAGCCAAACAGUCGAGAGUGGCUCGCCGCGGUCCAAUCUCGCCACAUGUGCGGUAGCGCCGAGUAUUCAUUACUGGCAACCCCGCCGCGAAAAUUGGUGCGGAAUCUCUAG